AAUAUAAACCAUAUUUAGACCAGAGUUGUGUUGUUGGUGACUGAGCGGUUUGGUGCGACCUGCUGGCCUCACGCUUCAUAAUGAGUAUAUUAAACUACAAUGGUGGCUGUGUGGUUGCCAUGAAGGGCAAGAACUGUGUAGCCAUUGCCUGUGAUCUUCGUUUUGGUGUCCAAGCUCAGACUAUCGCGACUGAUUUUGAGCAUUUACAGCUACUUCUGCCCCACAACAGGACCUUGGGCUACUGCCACAGGACACCAUGCUGCAUGAAUGCUUGUGAAUUGGAAGAUUCUGGCCUUCAUCAUUGCCAAAUUAUUAUGAUUUUUAAUCUCUUUUUCAGAGAGGGACGUCGCAUGAAGCCUCAGACCUUGAUGGCCAUGGUUCAAAAUCUGCUGUAUGAGAGGAGGUUUGGCCCAUAUUUUGUGGAGCCUGUUAUUGCAGGACUGCAUCCUAACACCAAAGAGCCAUAUAUUUGUGCACUUGACCUUAUUGGUUGCCCAUGUGAGCCUGCGGACUUUGUGGUGUCGGGAACUUGUUCAGAGUCCCUCUACGGCAUGUGUGAGACAACAUGGCGUGAGGAUAUGGAGCCUGACGACUUGUUCGAAUGCAUCAGCCAGUCACUUGUCAAUGCCUUUGAUCGUGAUGCACUCUCUGGUUGGGGAGCUGUUGUUCAUGUUGUUGAACAAGAUAAAGUGACAACACGAUACCUGAAGUGCAGGCAGGAUUAAUACAAGUGUGAAAAUCAACAUCCAACAUAUCCAUGUUGGAGUACAGCAAAACAUUCAUGCCCCAGCACUGGUAACAUUUCAUUAAAAUGGUACAUGCAAAGUUACGCAGUUCUAAAGUUUUGGACUUCAUAAUGUCAAGUCUAUAAGUGCAAAGAUUAAGUGAAACUAUAUACAUCUGUUUUUUUUUUUUUUUAUUGAUUUUCAAACUACAACUGUUGUGAUCUUUGCUUUUGUUUGAAAGAUUCCAACAAGACUAAUAAAAUGUCUUUUUGUCUUUGACUUUUAUAAUGCCUUAUGGUUUAUUACAGGAUCUUAGUGAAAGGUGUAAUAGGAAGUAUGUUUCUUAGAUUUUAAUAAAAUUCUUGAUGAAUCUGAUACCUUUGA